UAUAAAAUAGUUCACCAAUUUUUAUACAAUGUAAAGAUGAAUUGUAAUAUAAACACGCCUAAGUACGAAAAGAAAACGGAGUUCUCAAUCUUCAUUUGAUCGAAGACAAAAUCGAAGCUAUUAUACCUAUUAAACGUUUGUACUCUUAAAAUUAUUCACAAUUUACAACUCAUUAAUCUGAAGACAGUCGCAUAACAAACGAGAGGAAGCCGUGACGAAAUGAUUAGGGAAUACUCAAGGGAUCGGCAUAAAUUUUCCAAGGGAAGAUCGUACUAAUCGGGAUUUACCGAUUGGAUUAUGAAAUCAUGCUUUCUAUGGUUCUUUCCGGUAUUUAUUGCAACUAUUCUCGUUAAUAUAGGAAGGUAUAUAAACAUAAACACCAACAUCAUACUUGUUUUAUUUAAAGUUCAAUUGUACAAUUAGAAGAAUGUUAUUAUUAAUUAAUUAUAUGAAACUGAGAUUAUAACAUUUCAUUUAAAAAUAUAUGCUUCAUCUCGUUACUGUUGCGAAUGUUAGGGUGAUGGGUGUUAAUACUUUCAAACAUGAACAAAACAUUGGCACGGUAUUAUUUGAGAAAAGUGAUACAGCUAAACAUUGUUGGAGCACAGAGGAAUUUAUUAUCUUAAAUAGUCGACGAAUGUUUCAAGAUCUCUUACCAAAGGUGAAAGUUCUAAAUUAUGAGAACGAUCGGUACAUCGCGCUGCUGAUGGAUUACUUUCACAUUUGUCUGGAAAACGUGCGUAAGCUGUCGAUAGGAAAAACGAAGCACCUGAUGCUAAAAGCCCUGGCGGACACGAUGGGCGGCUACUUGCAGGUUUACAUUUUGCCCCUCACCAAACACUCCUAUUACGCGGGCAACGUAAAGUACCGAAAUGCUAGAAAACUAUUCGAACUGUACGAACAGCUGAAAGUUUUUUUACGAAGCAACGGAGCUGGUUGGCUAAAUCCUUCGAAGAAGAUAAAACAGACGAAGAUUCAAGCGAUAGUGAUCACAUCGCCGAAAUCGUCGUCGGUUGCGUGCGACGGGGUUAUUACUUACUCUGCAUCUUCGAUCGCUAACAGACGAGAGACGAAACGUUUCACGUUCAAGCAGAAAAAGAGGCAUAUUCCGAAGCACAAAAUUAAAAGUACAAAUCCGAGGCACAAAGAUGAAUCUGAUCGAGACAACGAAUCAAUUAUCAUCCCUCUUCCUUUCCUGGACGACGAUACACAGCCAAAUAGUAUCGCGUUACCUUUUAAGAAGAACACCUUGCAGUCUUUAUACAGUGAACGAUCGACUUUUGCAUUGGUCAAAUAUUACAUAGCUAGCGUGAAGUGCAUCGUCUCGAAAUCGAAAGAAAAAGCUGAGCUGGAGGCCUUUAAUCGGGAGUUUUACGAUUGGCUGCAGCAAUCCGUGCAACGACACCUUGAUGAUGAGAAAUGGUACCCGGCGUUCGGCGGUGUAUUGAGGGUGAUCGCCUCGUUGGAGGAAGCAGGCGCGGGAACCGGUCCCACGAAGGGAGCAAAAAGCGGAACGUAUGAGAUUAUGCCCAAAACAGGCAUGCAACAAACUAUUGAGCCAGAGGAAGCCGUGUCACCUCUGUACAAAGAAGAGGAAACGGGAGUCCCACUAGGAACGACCGAAUUGAUAUCGAUUGCAGUGGUGAGCGCGUUACUAGUGUGGUUGCUGGUGGGCUUGAGCUUGGUCUGCUACAGAUUCCUUACGAAACACUCGGACGAGUGCAUCUCAUAUGAACCACAGGAUCCUCCAGUUGCUGUUUUGUACGAAAAUAAAGAAUACUGUCAACCUGAUACGUGUCCAACACAAUCACCUCGUAAGAGUUUGCUGGAAAGAAUUAAGGAUUAUUGGAAGAACAGGUUUGGUAAAUGUCAUGGAGGUUGUCAAGAUCGUAUGGACGAGGAACGUUGUUUAGCCGCAAUUAGUUAUACUAGCAAAGACACGAUCGACGUUAGUCAUAGUAGCAGAAGUUAUCAGAAAAGGAAAAUAAACAAAUCGGUUUCAGCGAUGUUAUCGUGUCAUCGAAAAGAGCAUGUGCCCAUCAGAAAAGUUUGUUAUAGUUCGGAUGGCUCGUUAACCACGAAUACGGAGAGUCCGGAGAGCAAACCCAGAUAAUAAAAGGUUACAAGUUUUCAUUUAUUUUUUAAUAUAUCCCUUUUUAGUAUGUACGACGUAAUAAAUACAGUCAAUUACAAAUAAAAUCACCUUUCUAAUUAUUGCUAUCUAAGUAUAAUAAUUCUUAAAUACGUUAUAUAAUAACUAGGUAUUUUUAUCCCUUUGAUAGUGUAAUAAAGUUGUAAUGUUAUGAUA